UUAACAGCGAAGCUUCGGCGUUGGCUUUCUUCAGUACUAGACCUAGUGACAGGCUGGCAGCGCUCCCGAAAAUUGCGCCGGCAAAGGAUACAGAGAAUCCCGGCUCCGGCGACGAGGAUGGCGGAGGAGAAGCUUUACCCGGAAGCGAGUUGGGAGUACGAGAAUGCGGUGGCGAAAUGCAAACGGAAGCUCAGAGGCCUCGUCGCCGAGAAGCACUGUGCUCCAAUCGUCCUCCGAUUAGCAUGGCACUCUGCUGGAACGUUCGACGUUGAGACGAAGACGGGCGGGCCGUUUGGGACAAUCAGGCAUGGGGAGGAGCUAGCCCACGAAGCCAAUAGUGGGCUGGACAUAGCAGUUGGGCUUUUAGAGCCCAUCAAGGCCCAGUUCCCCAUCUUGACCUACGCUGACUUCUACCAGUUGGCCGGAGUUGUGGCCGUGGAGAUCACCGGAGGGCCAGAGAUUCCUUUCCAUCCCGGAAGACCAGAUAAAUCUGAACCCCCACCAGAGGGACGCUUGCCUCAGGCUACUCAAGGCCCGGCCCAUUUGAGGGAUGUGUUUUACCGGAUGGGCCUUUGCGACAAAGACAUAGUUGCUCUGUCCGGUGGCCACACUCUGGGAAGGUGCCAUAAGGAAAGGUCUGGGUUUGAAGGGCCUUGGACCUGCAAUCCUUUGAUCUUUGAUAAUUCAUAUUUCAGGGAACUUUUGAGUGGGGAGAAACAAGGCUUGAUUCAGCUUCCAACCGACAAAGCUCUUUUGGAGGAUCCAACAUUCCGUUCUAUUGUUCAUAAAUAUGCGGCCGACGAAGAUGUUUUCUUUGAAGAUUAUGCGAAUGCUCAUUUGAAACUCUCGGAGCUCGGGUGGCCUUGAUAAUGUCAAAGAGCGAGAGAUGAAACACAAGCCUAUGCUCAGUGGAACGAAUUACUAUCUAUGAUUUGCAGUUGUAAACUUUGUACUAUCCUACCACUUCUAUGUUGAGUUGAAUAAUGGCAAGCAAUAUCACAGACCAGAGUAUGUUACUUUGGCUUAUGGAACGGUACUUUUGUCUUUCAACACCUUUUUCCUAUAUCCAAACUGCAACUUAGAGCUGUAAAAUUUCGACUGGACUAUGGAAUAAGUGAGCUUAAACGUUCUAGUCUGGCAAGGCAAACAAGGACCCAAAGACUUAAAAACUCACAAACUACUUCAACCUGCAAUAUUAUCGGAUAGGAUUCAUGCUAUUUGCUACAAACCAACACAGUGCUAUACCGUCACGCUUGUAUUUAAGCAUAUCCAACAAAACCACAAACAACCAGACUUAAAAUGACAUUUUUGCUGGAGUAGUAACAAACAGCCAUCAAAACCUCCCCAACAAAAAUGUGCCUUCAAUCCAAACUUUCUUCAAAGGUCUUGCACGCUCAAACCUGGGGGAAGAGACUGCUUCAACUUGUCAGCCUUCUCGUUGUCGAAAACGCACAGGGUGUAGAGGUACUUCGAGCACCGGACCUUGAACUUCACCACGUCUUUGCUCCUCUUGAUCUUCACAGAACGAGCAUCCUUCCUCCUAGCUGUGAGGAGAAAGUCCUUGAUCUCAUGAAUCUGCUUCGGCUGUUCAACACCAAGCAAAUCAGUAAAUACCAAACCAAGAAAAUAGAU